AUGGUCAUAUCGACGAAUCAGAUACCAGAGUCUGACUGGAGCGUCGGGAAAAGGCCUAAAAAACGUCACUGGUUUUUCAAGAUCCAACGACACAACAAAGUAGCACACACGACCUCCCACGACGACCGCCUGACGACCGACCACGAUCGCUUUGCCUUUCGGCCAUUUCAUACACAGAAUAUUGUCCCUAAAACACCCGCCACAACCGCCAUCAUGUCGUUCUUUGGUAUGGGCCGCCCGCAGCUCUCGUCGGCCGAGAAGAUUGCGGCCGUCGAGGCCGAGAUGAAGAUGAUGUCCGACAUGCACAACCGCCUUAUCAAGGCCUGUGCCGCCAAGUGCGUGCCCACCGACUACCGCGAGAGCGAGCUCAACAAGGGCGAGAGCGUCUGCCUGGACCGCUGCGCGGCCAAGUUCUUUGCCGUGCACAUGAACGUGUCGGAGCACAUGCAGCAGGAGGCGGCAAAGCGCAAUGCCGGCGGCGGCGGCGGUAUGUUCUAA